CAACACAGGAACAUUAUUUCUCUUUUGUUUAAAUCCUAAAUUCCCCUGAGUGAUUUCUUCUUUCUCAUGAAUUAAUUUUAUCUCCUUUUUGUCCCAAAAAUGGCUCUCAGAUACCAUGGAGUUUAAUUGUUUUGUCUCCUUUUUUAUGAACUAAUUUAACUUCCUGGGUAUAGAUAAAAGAUCUCAUAUCUUUUUCACUCAGUGCUCUUCCUGUGAAGUGAUUUGGAAGGGUUCAGCCAUUUUAGGAAGGAACUAAUGGUGAUUAGUUUUAUCAUAGAGUGUUUAGGUGUUGAGUUCUUGAUUUUGUCUAAUUAGCUUUAAAUGUUACACUCUUUUCUAUGUCUUAUCAGUUUAGAUUCACUAGGAUUUGGAAUUCAGAAUCUUUUGGCUCUCUAGUUAGAUUUUGGUUUUAAAACUAGUUUGUGAAUUAGGGUUUUCUUGCUCUAUCAUUUUAAGCUUGGGUGGAAGAAUAAAAAAAAAUGGAUGAAGUUGAAGCUGCUAGCAAAUUAGCCAUAGAAAGCUGUCAUGGAAUCUUAAACCUCUUGCCACAACAACAAACCAGUUGUGAUUCCAAAUCUCUAAUGGUUGAAACAAGAGAAGUAGUGUCCAAGUUCAAGAGAGUGGCCUCUCUUUUAACCAAAGGGUCAGGUCAUGGAAAGUUUAAAAGAACCAACAACAAGUUUAGUCCAUCUUUUCCUCAACAUAUCUUCUUGGAGAGCCCUAUUUGCUGUGGUAAUGAUGUCACUAGUGAUUACACUCAAGUUCUUGCACCAGAGCCUCUUCAGAUGGUUCCAGCUUCUGUUGCUUAUGAUGAGAUUGAUGACCCAACGUUGAUGCUUGGCCACAAAAUGUGUGUUAAGAAGUCGUUCUUGGAGUUAAAGCCACCACCACCUUUCCUAUCUCCGUAUCAGUUAAUCCACAACCACCAGCAAAUAGCUUACUCUAGGAGCAAUGGUGGUGUAAACCUGAAGUUUGAUGGAUCUGGUAGUAGUAGUUAUUAUACUCCGAGUGUGUCAAACGGAUCAAGAUCAUUUGUAUCAUCUCUUAGUAUGGAUACUAGUGUUGUGGACUAUGAUAGAAACUCGUUCCAGUUAACUGGAUUAUCACGGAAGAUGUGCUCUGGUAGUUUGAAAUGUGGAAGUCGAAGCAAAUGUCAUUGUUCCAAAAAGAGGAAACUUAGGGUGAAAAGAUCAAUCAAGGUGCCUGCAAUCAGCAACAAGAUUGCAGAUAUUCCUCCGGAUGAAUAUUCAUGGAGGAAGUAUGGUCAGAAACCUAUCAAGGGCUCACCACAUCCACGGGGAUACUAUAAAUGCAGCAGUGUGAGAGGUUGUCCAGCGAGGAAGCAUGUGGAGCGAUGUGUAGAUGAAACUUCGAUGUUAAUUGUUACUUACGAAGGCGAACAUAACCAUUCAAGGAUAUUGUCUUCACAAUCAGCUCACACAUGAUGAAUACAGAGUCAGUCAGUGUCUUUUUCCUUUUUGCGUCUACUCUUGGAUUUGGAGAAUGGAUUAGAUUCAAGAAACUGGUCUUUGUAGUGUAGCUGUGAUUUACAAUUGUCUAUUCCACUUUACAUGACUUGUAAGAGCAUCAACAGUUUAAAGAAGUAGCCAUGGUUGGUUCAAUUUUGGAGGGAAGAAGCUAAGAUAACUUUUUUUUUUUUUGAACAACA